AUGCGUAUCCGUCUACAGCCUCGCAGGAGACCACAAGGUAAGCGACCCCCAGAUAAGCUGAAUGUUGCUUUGUUGUCCUUGCCCGCUCAUCAUUUUCAUUUCAGCAAUGCGCUAGCUCAACGGCUAGACAACCUUCCAAUCGCUGCCGCCGACGACGCCGCCGCUGCCGAGAACGCCUUCGUGGAGAACCGCUGGUGUCGACUGCGAGACACGGUCCAGGCGACGGCGCUCGCCGUCCUCGGUCGCGCUCCCCGCCAACACCAGGACUGGUUCGACGACAACGACGCCGCCAUCAGAAAUCUGCUUACGGAGAAGAACCGCAUACACAAAGACUACGUAGAUCACCCCACUGAGGACAACAAAGCUGCCUUCUACCGCAGUCGCCGACAGCUUCAGCAACGACUGCGCGAGAUGCAGGACGCCUGGACUGCUCGCAAAGCUGAGGAGAUCCAAGGCUACGCGGACCGCAAGGAAUGGAAGAACUUCUUCUCUGCGAUCAAAGCCGUCUACGGUCCGCCGACGAAGGGCACUGCUCCUCUCCUCAGCGCCGACGGCAGCACACUCCUGACUGAGAAGACGCAAAUCCUACAGCGAUGGGCCGAGCAUUUCCGGGGCGUCCUCAACCGCCCUUCCGUCAUCUCCGACGCCGCCAUCGAACGUUUGCCUCAAGUGGAGACCAACGUGGACCUCGACCUCCCGCCAUCUCUCCAGGAAACCGUCAGGGCUGUCCGGAGCAAUUCACUCAGAUGGUGCGUCAGCUGCACGACGGUAUGAUGGCGCGAGUCACGGACAACGGAUCUGUCUCAGAGGCAUUCGAAGUGACCAACGGAGUGAAGCAGGGAUGCGUGCUGGCACCAACCCUCUUCCGUCAUAUGUUCUCUGCCAUGCUGAUGGACGCCUACCGCGACGAACGCCCCGGAAUCCGCAUCGCCUACAGGACGGACGGUCAUCUACUGAAUCAAUGGCGCUUGAACUUCCAAUCGCGCGUAUCCACAGCUACCGUGCACGAACUCCUCUUCGCCGACGUCUGCGCCCUGAACACCACCUCCGAAGCGGAGAUGCAACGCAGCAUGGACCUAUUCUCCGCCCCCUGCGAGAACUUUGGGCUGGUUAUCAACACGCAGAAGACGGUGGUGAUGCACAACCGCCAACCUACUCAGCCACAGCCCCCAACGCGCCGCCGCAAAUCAGCGUGA